UGCUAUUUUUAUCUCCCAUUCAACCGGGUCGAGAAGCCGUCUCUCUCUCCGUCUCUGCUGAAGGCCGUCGGACCUUCUGGAUCUCUCCUUUCUGCCUCAGCAGAGAACCUUCUGGAGACCGGGACGCGGCAUUAAGACCAGCAGACCCUUGGCAGUCGGGGGAAGGAUUUCAAAGCAGAGAUGAACAGAUUGUAAAGACAGGGAAGAAGACGUCAAGAGACACCAACAGGCCCAACAUGGCUCUGCUGUGCUACAACAAAGGCUGCGGGGAGAAGUUUGACCCCGACAAGAACAAGGAUGAUUCCUGCCUCUUCCAUCCAGGAGUCCCCAUCUUCCAUGACGCCCUGAAGGGUUGGUCCUGCUGCAAGAAGAGGACGACGGACUUCUCAGAGUUUCUCUCCAUUAAGGGCUGCACCCGUGGGCGCCACAACGACGUGAAGCCCCAGGAGCCCCUGAGGCCCGAGGUGUCGUCCGAUAAGAGCGAGAUGAAACCCGCCAGCGACCGGGAGAUCAUCUACCAGGGCCCCAAAUCUGUCGAGGCGCUGCAGAAAGAGAGACCCAGUUCAAACCAGCCCAUGACCAAGUUGCCCCACAAAGUGUCAGCAUCUCUCGUUCAGGCGCUGGAGAAACUGGGACUGGACAGGAGCGCAGAGAGCGAGAAGAAAGAGAGUGAGGACGUUAUGCACGGGACGCGCUGCAAGAACACAGGCUGCAAAACAGUCUAUGAAGGCCCAGACACAGACACGGAGGUCUGCACCCACCACCCUGGAGCGCCCGUCUUCCAUGAGGGGUACAAAUACUGGAGCUGCUGCUGCAUAAAGACAACAGACUUCAACGCGUUCCUGGACCAGAAGGGCUGCACCACGGGGAAACACCGCUGGGUUGCAAAGCAGGAUAAGAAGAAAGUGGCAUGUCGACAUGACUGGCACCAAACUGCAAACACGGUGGUGGUAACGAUUUACGCCAAGAACUCAAAUCCCGAUUUCUGCAGCGUAGAAGCAAAUCCAACAGUGCUCAUAUGUCAAAUCCAGUUUGAGAACAACAAGAUUUUCAAGAGAGAAUUCCACUUCUGGGGGGUGAUCGACGCCAAACAGAGUUCGGUCAACAUGGUCCCGUCUAAAGUGGAGAUCACGCUCCGUAAGGCCAACCAGGUGUCCUGGGGAAAACUGGAGGACCCGAACUACACCCCGGAGCCGGACCCUGUUAAUGACGACGUCGCCGAUGACAACCAGGAGUCCCAGCAGCCCGACUGGGACAUCGCCGAUGACGACAUCAGCGACUCAGACGAGGAGUGGGCCUACGACACGCCGCAGAACAAGAGCCAAGGGGUCGAGAGUGAAGAGCAGAGGAAGAGGAGGGAAGAACAAGAGGUGCAGAAUCUAAAAAGGAAGGAGGUGGAGGAAGAGAUGAAGAGGCUGAUGCAGGAGCAGCAGAGGGCGGAGGAGCAGAGGAGGAAGCUGGAGGAGCAACGGAGGGAGGAGGAGCAGGAAGGAUAUGAAGACAUGCCAGACCUGGAAGAUCAGGAUGCUGAUGUGGAGUGAUGUGAAAAAAAACAAAACAAACAGAAUGUUCCUUAUUUUUAGCAACCGAUGCUAAAUACUCUCAUUUUCCUGCAGUAACUUUAUAUAAUAUCAGAGGUGUUUUUGAAGAACUUUUUUGUGGGUGAUAAAAUAAGAAGUCUGUUGAAAUCUUUUGAUUAUGCAAAAGACAUAAUUAUAGAAUUAAACCUUUUUUAUGUCUGUUU